AGUGGCUGCUCUGCGAUGAUCUGCUGCUUGUCUGUAGGGGCGAAGUCGUGAAAUCUGUGUGCGUGAUUCUGUAAACAAGUUUCGCUGUGCAAAGCCAGGGUGAAGGAGGCGAUUACUCCGCACCAGCCGUCGCUCGUAGCUGCGCGCCGCUUCGACAGCAGCAUCAGUACGAACGGGGAUUCGUUCUGUCACCAAUGGGUGGCGACUGUGCGCGGUGAUCGAGGCGCUCGUCGACAAGCGAGCAGCAGGUGUGCGUGUGUGCGCCAACGUUCGCGAGAGGCCGGCAACAUCACGGUGCCCCGUGAGAAAGAUCCAUAUCGUCGCCGGCGCUCACCACGCUGCCGCUAGCGUGUGUUUCUUUUUCUUUUUUUCAUUUACCGCCAAGAUGCAGGGACCAGAAGCACUUCAUCUGGAAGACGCGCUGGAGGAUAAUCCGCAGACGCGGUCUCUGGUCCAUCUCUUCGAGCAAGAUGCUCACCACCUUGACAAAUAUGUCAGGGUGAUGUACGAGCAUGCCAACCGCAUAUGGAACGCUGAGAAGGAACUGGCAGAUGCCACAGCAAGCUUGGCGUUCCAUAUGAGGCAGUAUGACUCUCAGGACUUUCCUCUGGACACAGAUCCGGAUAGCAUCCUCCGGUCGACACUUAGGCAACUUUCCUGCAGUCUAGAAGAGAUAAGCUCAUGGCAUCAAAUGUGCAGCGCCCACAUAGGGGACGGCAUGGUCUACCCUCUUUCCAGGUUUCUGGAGUCGGACCUCAGAGAAAUUUUCACCCUUGAAGAACAGUACAACAAGGCCACUGCAGAGCGGGAGCAAGCAAUGGGACGCUACUGCAAGCAGUCGCGGCGAAAGGACACCGACCGGCAGCGACUGGACCUGAGCGAGGAGAUGUACCUGGCAAACCGCCGAUUCCACACGGUGGCACUGCAGUUCUAUGCCCAGCUGAAUGCGUUGCAGUACCGGCGCAAGAUGGCGCUGAUCGAGCCGCUCUUGGGCUACGUGCACUCCAUGAAGUCCCUGUUUGGCGUCGCCCACGAGACCAUGCACACGGCCGAGCAGGACGAGUUCCUCGCCAACAUUGCCACCAGCCUGGGAGAGGUGCAACGAGAGCUCCAGACCCAGACAGAAAAGACAGCACUGCAGGCGGGCACGUUGGCGCGGCAAGGGGAGGAGAGUGCCGCCUAUCUCGCUGAGGGUGCCUCCGCGCCUGCCCAGACAGGCCUGUCCCACAAGUCGGGCUACCUGUUCCAUCGGACGAAGAUUGCGGGCAUGGUAAGCCGCUGGGACCGAGCAUACUUCUACACCCUUGGUUGCCAUCUUAUGCAUAUUCCACGGGGAGAGAGUGUUGGCAGUGCUGUGAUGGAGAUCGACCGGGGUAGCGUGGCACACGCCCUGGACGAAGACCGCCGCAAUGUCUUCCAGAUCAGCAACGGCAAAAAGUCGGUCGUGCUUCAGGCAUUGAGUGAGCCAGAACGGGAUGAGUGGAUCACCACGGUGAUGAAUGUUGCUGCCGAAUGCUACCCAGGGGGCAGGUCACACUCCGUUCCCAAGGAGGCACCCACGGCCAAGACGGAGAGAACCCCGUCGCUACCCAAUGCAGCAGCGCCCGGUUCUAUGCCUGCUGCUGCUGCUGCUCAGAGUCAAGAACGGAAGACAGCACGGCCAAGGCCAGUGACGCAACAGGACCUGAAGGAACUGGCAAAUACGCCCAUUCAGUUUGACAUGUUCUCCCCAUCCGAGGACAAGAGUUCAUCUGGGCACUCGCCAAAAGAUGGACCGGCUGUGCGUAUCAACCCUUUUGACCAGUGUGGUUCCUCUAUCACGAUGGAGUCGGCUAAGGAUGCGUCGUGCUCCUUCUGGGAGGCCUUCACCGUGCGAUUCCUCGGCUCCAUGCAAGUGCCCUGUGACAGAGGAGACCAGCUGGUCUGCGAAACCAUGCGCCUGAUCCUGGCUGCCCGCAUGGCACACAAUGUCUUCAAGAUGGCCGAGUCACACAUGGUGGUCAGCCAGAAGGAACUGAGGAUUUUAGAUCCUUCCCAUCAGGCAGUGCGUGCCUGCUUCCCAUUGGCUGAUGUGUCCUUUUGGACAGUCCACAAGGAGAACAACAGACUGCUGGGCUUCAUCACGAUAAACUCGGGUGAAGGACCGCCCACGUACAGGUGCCACGUCUUUGAAGUGAACACAAGCGCAGAGGAGGUGUGCAAUGCCCUCUCCGUGGCUGCCAACAUUGCCCUCAAAGCUCUCAUGGGCCAGCAGCAGCAACAACAGCAAGAAAAGCAAGCGCAGAAAGAAGAUGAGAAGCAGAACGAAGAGCUCCUGCAGAAACUGAAGCUCUCGGCAGACGAAAAUGCCCUUUUUCCUUCUACCACCAAGAAAGUUGAGUUGGGUGCUACUGCUGGAGAAGGCACGAAAACUGCACCUCUAGAAGUGGGGGACACCAAGGCAACCUGACCACACGCGCAUUCUUGAGCAGUUUUUCUUUUUGGUGGUUGCAUGGGACUGCCAGUUUAAAAUAGCUUUGAGUGACUGGGCGUCUUGCCAGGCUUUGUUAGGUUGCCCUUCUAUAGUGGGCAGUGUGCUCAGCUUUCCAGCCGGAAACGCUCGUUUCUGUUGGCCAUUCAGAGCAACCUCUUGUGUUGAUCAGCUGCGCAAGCUCAGUAAAAGUUGUCAACAGUGGAUGUUAUGUUUCCCCGAGGAGGUCGACGUGAGACUGUUCUCCUGCGUGAUGUGGUGGCACGGCUAAAUGUCUGGUGUAUUUUUUGUUGUUGUUGUUGUUGUCGCUAGAUUACCUCGUGAUUGUGUUAACUAAAGAUACCACAGAAUGGUUUCGUGAAUUGUUUCGAUAAAAGGUGCCAUGGAAUCACUUUGUGAGCGUGUGUGUAUUAGGCAUACUCACUGGUUAGAAGGUAACAAGAUGUAGAGUUCAUCUUACAAGGUUGAAACUAAAUCUUGAGAGUGACUGUAGGCCCCGAAAAACAUUCCUAGUAAUACUGUCAAGAAGAUCUUGUCAGUGUACUAUUAUAGCGUGUGCCCACUGUCAAUGCUAAUUUUUUGUCUGUAACUGUAAUGGCAUGGAAGCUGGCUGGGAAGUACAGGGGCAAGAAUAUUGGUGCAGGAUUCUGUUUAGAAAGUCUGUUUAUGUUCAGUAUUUUUGCAUGUGUAGUCUCUGUGAAAAGUUUUGAAGCUACUGCAACUGUGACAAGUCUUGCUGCAGUGAUCCUGACAACACAGGGCACACCAAAGCUCAUGAGAGAGCGGUGGGAGGGAGAGAGAGGAACGCCACGGAGAUUCGUGCGCUUCGCGCCCAGCCACAUACGCGGCAGACUCAACAGAGUUAUGCUGUUACACAAAGUGCGGUCCUAUUCAUGCCAGCUUGAGUGCUUCAGAAAUCGGUCAUGACGGGCCUGAUCACACUCACCGUGGCUUUAUACCUUUGGCAAAGACUUUUUACAGUCAGUGUGAACAGUUAAGGAGACGCAAAAUCUCUGAAGAAUGUGGAUGUCUCCUCAGCCUGGGCAAGCAGCCCGGAAUUUAGAUUUGCAGUUGCAUGCACGACCAAGACAGUACUGGGCUGCAAACAAGAACUCAGCAAGAAUACAGCUUUUUUUGCUAAAUGCAUGCCCUAUAAAGUAUGAACGCCAACUGUUUCUCGUGCUGAGUAUAAGCUGCACAGUGUGAAGAGAGUUAACUGCAACGUUUGCAAAUAGGUCUUUUGUGGCAUGUACAUUAAUUACAUUACGUACCAUCGAGUCACUUGCGACACUUCGUGCCACCAGGAACUUGUGAACACCAAUGAGAUAGGCUUAAGACAAGUUCUUUGAGCUCACCGAGACGCUUCCCUGUAGCCCGAAGAACAAUGUGCAGCUAGCCGCAAAAAUUUUGGGAAUGCAGAAACUGUAGACAGAGCUAAAUAAUAUCAUGGCUCAUGCAUGCAGCUUGCAUCUUGCCGUUCAGGGUUGUGUUACUUACGAACAGAUGUCCCUCAAAACACACCUCCUCUCUCUGGGCUGCACACUAAUGUUGCGAAGUAUGCGCGCACUUUUGCAGUUUUCGUAUCUCAAAAAAAGCUUUGUUCGCAGCCAUGUCUGACAAACACCACAAGCUGUAACAGAGCCUUCGUAAAUAAGCAUGAAGCAGGUGUGAAAAGAUGAACAUGCCAGCCAUCACAGUGUGCUUCAUAGAGAUCUCCAAGGAAAGAAAUAUAUAUGCACCAUUGUCUUAGUGCAAACUUACAGUGGCUGACUAGGGGCAGCUUUCCUCAGCACAGAGACGGGAAAGGCAUGUUUUUCUAGUCAGGUCAGCGCAGGGGCAGAGUGCGUUUAGCCGGCAGAUUCUAAACGAGUCUCCUCGAAUCUACCAACAAGAAGAACGCAUCACCUUGCACUGAGUCACCCAGGCAAAUGUGUGUUCUGAUCUGCAGUGCCGGAUAAAAAGCAGCUUCGAGUCAGUCACCGAGAUUUACUAUUGUACCUUUUAUGUUGUCAAGUAGCUGACAAACUCCUGUUAGCACGAAUUGAAAUGCAGACAAGUUGCAGCAAGCUAGAGCGCUUUUAUUUUCUUUGUCGUUUUCACCUUAAAUGGGCACUAACGAGAAAAGUAAGUUGAGCUGUAUUAGUGAAUUAUGCUUCUAAAACGCCAGAAGUGCCACUCUUACAGUGAAGAGUGGCUUGAUUAGCCACAGAAGACGCAGAAACGAAGACUGGUGGCGACACUGCCUUGAAGUUUCCACAUAAGCUUGCAGUGACACAAUGGAUUUUGGCAGCACCUGCUCUGACCUAUUUAACCUUUUAUCGGAAAUAACGGACCACAUUGUAUCUUAAAAGAGCCAAACACAGAACUUGGCUAGUUUCGAUAACUUUUACUGGACCAAAAAUUUACCAAGUACGAAGAGCAUACAUUGAAAUCCGUGAUGCCACACAUGAUGUACCAUCACUGGCAUUGCUUCAGCACAAAAUUCAAUAAAAUGAAGCUUGGCCUUUAUUUUAUCUUGUAGUAAUCAAACUCUUACUGCAAAAUUAAUGGAAAUGGGGUUUUAAAUAUCAGUCUAAACUGAUAGUGUUUCUCUCUAGUAUCCCUUUAAGCAAUGUGUGCAAUGUUCGGACACUUCGUUCCCUGAUGUAGUUUUGUGGCUUAUGUCUGUUUAUUCAUCGGAUGCACAGUGGCACCCCAUAAGGGUUACAGUAAAGCAAGCUAGUUGGUAAUGAUUUAUGCUUCACUGCAAUGCAGUACGAAGGAACACGCAGCAAAGUCUUGAAGACACCCAUGUCGAAGAGUUUUUUUUUUCUGUAAAAGUAAUGUAGCAAGGCACUUAGCGCGACUUGCACGCAAAAGCUUUGCUGCCCAUAACCCAAAUGCUAUCACUGACAUGUAUACGGUACUGCAUGAAGAAACCCAUUAAAGUUUACAUCACCAUCUGCUGACCACUGGCAAUACAAGGAAACUUCAAGGUACUCAAGCAAGAAAAACUAGUCAUCACUGAGAAGUGCCAAUAAUCUUGUGAAAAUUGCAGUCUUUGAGUGCCAAGAGGUUCCAAAAAUUUCGGAAGAUAAUAUAAAACAGCAAGUAGCUGCAAACUCUGUUCCUGCAUCCUGUCAAUGGCAUCACUGUCGCAACACAUCCUUCAUUAGGCUUAGAAGCCCCAAAAAUUGAGAAUGCAACAAAGAAAUGUGGGGCGAAGUCCUUGCUGAUAGUACUUCCUCACCAAAUCAAAAUGACAUGGAGUGAAAGCCAUUACUAUACUUCCAUCUACUGUCGAUCAGCAAGUAUAACAGUUCAACACGGCGAGUUGAUUGGCGUGACACUUGUGGCUGUCACUUUGAAGGGCACCAGCAGACAUGCUAAGCAUCAUUUGGGUACAUGGCUUCUCGUGCUAAUAAGUUUCUAAAAUAGCAGAAGUUCGCAAUACACAAAGCUGGCUUUGCAUUCCGUGCAAGUACUACGAGUCCCCUCUAUUUAUUCACACUUUGCAUGCCACUUUUCAAGGUGCUAAAACUCUGUCAUCGUUUUCUUGAGAGUUCUCCGUGUGCUUGCCGAUGUUGUGCUGUGGUCAAGUCUGCAUCAAAAGUUUUCGGACUGCGAGAUCUGAGAAAAAACUGAAUAUCUCCACAUCUUGGUCACAGGGCCUGGUACAUAGUAUUUAAAUUUCCAGCGUGUACUUUUAUGUGUAGACAACACAGUUCUGUGCAGUCUUGCUGGCUACAGUCACAAACUUCUAGGAAAAUGAAGUGUUGUCCGAGAUGCCUUGGUCCGAAAACUUCUGACAGAGACUGUACAAGUGAUGCCACUUUUCACUUUUUGAGUAAUCCCACGUAAGAAGUGCUGCAAUUUAUAUUAGUCUAUCUCUUUCUUGUUGCAACCUGCGCAUAUGGUAUCAGUGUUUCAUUAGUUGUUAGUUUAUAUGGUACAGGCCGGUCACCUCUUUUUAACUCUAUGAACUGGACCUGAAUGUUUCUCUGUGUAUGUUUUAAGGUUUAUAGCUCUUGCAAACCGUAGAAAUUAAGAUGCUAAGGAUCUCUAGCAUGAUUGCAAUUAAAUUGUAUUCUAUUCUGUUAGAAAAAUGUUGUGUUCUUCUGCCAUCUGUAUCAUCUGUGGUUUUUCAACAUUUAUUUUACUUGGCAACGCAUUUCAACAGGACAUAAAGGAUCCAAUAAGUUCCACAAGAAACUUUUGCUUUUGCUUGGUUUUGUUCAUGUUGCAGAAGCUUGGGAGCUCUCCCUGUUUUUCUUGUUUGUUUGUUUUUUUGACACCACGUGAUGUUAACGCAAUGUGCAAAAUGCUCUUAAAUGUAGGGUACAUAAUGAGUUAAGCUGCCUCUGGUUUUUACAGGGUUUGUCAGAAAAUGACAUUACAUUGCCUAAAAUUUAAUUGUUGGCAGUUGAACUUCAACAGAGUUUGAUGUCUAAUGUGUUACUAUGCUUAUCGAUGGUGCACUUGAGUCCCUAGCAGUCAUGUAUUAGCCCUAAAAUUUCCUACCUGUCGUGUGUAUGGUGCCAUAGCUUUGACAUUAUAUCUACAGAAAGGCAAGGCCUGUUUGCUUGUAAAUAUAUACUUGGGAAAAAUGCUGGUUAUCUGAUUUUGUAUUCCUCAAUAUAAACUGCCGAAUGAGUUAUCUUUAUCAGCCCUGCUUGUGAAGGACAAACACAUAUUCACAUUGUUCUAGCUGAAGAUGAGAGAACGAAAUGGGUGUCAGCAAGGGCAUGUAAUGCAUAGAGCUAGCAAUUAACAGCAUGUUAGGGCAACACACUGGAUGCCGAGAGAAGGGUCUCCACCCUCAGGGCAAUUCUUUGUCACAUGCAGACGUGAAAGAGGACCAGAUGGAGUGAUGAACUCAUGCAGUUCAGUAUAUAGUUUGCUUGCAGUAAGCACAAGAUGGGAAUAACUAGAUGGCUAUGGGGAGCCUUUGUUCUGCAGUGAACACAAUUAAGCUGCUGCUAAUGACGAUGGUGCUCUCUUGUCUUGCUCAUGCAAAGUCACCGUUUAUUUGCGGCUUCUUCCUUUCUUACUCUGACCAAAUCUGUGGCGAAGAUCAGGUUUUAGAUGUCAUGCAGGUCCUCUUACCACAUGGGGCAUUCACGAACAAGUCCGCUAAAAAUGUUCUGGUAAAGUAAAAAGAAAAUGCCAUGAAAUAGCAUAUUCACAUGUAUGUGACAAGACAGGCUAACUUUAGGCCAUCUUGAAAGGAGCAAACUAAAAUGUGAAUUUUAUGAUUAUAGUGCAGCCUAAUGUUGCGCUUACAACUACAGCGAUUGUCUUAGAAAAGUGACAAGGAGUGCACAAAUCAUCUUGAAAUACCAUCUGGCUGUAAUUUUUUAUUCAUUCUGCCUGUUACUUCUGCUCAGUUGCUCCUCACCGCAUGUGAACAGCGCUUCCAGACAGAGAAGUCGGGCAUUGGCGUCAGCCUUGCUAUACUUUCUAGGUUGUGCCAUGCUGCACCACUGAAAUACUGUGUGUGUAAGAAAGUGAAUUAAACAAAUAUUAUAUAAGGUGCGCCAUCUUUGUUUCAAUAGCUCAAGUACUUGUUAGUCCGGCCAUGGUGCUUGAAAAAAAAAAAAAUCUCGCAUUACGUAGCAGUACACUUUAGUCACGGUAUGAGGCGGGUUUUUCAAACCUGGAAAAUACAUGAAAAGGGAAGCACGUGCUCAUGUACGCACACAUGUAUUACCAAAGUGCUUCUUUGUCUCAUAUUGGUAAACAGGAAGUGCAAAGCAUCAUGGACAGGAAAAUGAACAUGCCCUUACUCUCCACAAUAGUUGUUACUGAAAUGGUAUGAAACGAUCAGCACACACAUGAUAAAACCAGAAGCAUCAACAGAAAAUAAAAAAGAACAUUGAUAGAAGCCACAUUUUCAGCACAGUUGUCAGGCCAUGUGCGUCAAGCGUAGAACAUGCUCCGAAGGUGUUUACAUUCCUUUGUCAGAUAGCACAACUUGCGGCAGUUUAACACACCAUUAACUGCUAUGCUUGAUGAAGGAGGCUUCAAAAAUUUUUUUCGUUUUUUCUUGCUGCAUUGCCAAGACAAAGUUGCACUAUUCUGGAAGUCUGGAAUAUACCUACACACAAUCUGCAGUGAUCCUAUUGUUUUGCACUUCCUGUUUUCCAUAUGUGCAUGCUCAAACUAAUCCACCUGUUCUUUACCUCCUGUCUGUGCAUGUUCUGAACUUCUCGGCAAACAUCAGGUGUAAAAAUGUACUCGUGGACUUGCAGCAGCAACAGUUGUGAACAUGUUAAGUUCCAAUGAUCAUAUAUGGCUGGGCUAUCUAAUGAGUCGCAACUGUCGCAUGCAGCAGUGUAGAAAUUGUAGCACCAUUGCUGUUGUGGUUAUGAUGACAUGGAAGUUGACCUUGCGAGCAGAUAUAAUACGUUAAGUGCACGGCUCUACCAGCCACCAUCUUCGCCACAGUCCUGACAGGGCCAGACGCUAUUAGGGCGCACCUCAGAAUCGGCCCCCCCACGUGCACCACUGAACCUUAAAUCACCAAGACAGCUAAAAUUCUGGCAACGACGACCUCGUAGCCACUAAUUAGGCUGGAGAAGUACAAGACCACCCUCACAAGCUUACUGCUGAAUCCUGUGUUGAACUAGAUCAUUCUCCUUGGCUUGCACCACUCAGCCCACCUCAACACUCCUAUCAUGUCCCUUUGCACUUGUCAUCGCCCUGACUUUGUGCAUUGGCAUCACUGCAGUAGUGGUUGUGCCACUGAACAAUACAAGAAAGGACUGAGGGUUAACAUCUGUCCUGCAUCUGCCUCUAGGCCCCCCUUGGUGCUGCAGUUAUGAAACAUUCCGAGUUAGUUCCUUCUUAGAAAAGCCAUUGGUGGAGCAUAUGGUGUUGUAAUGUUGAAGUGGCAAAUAUUCGUGCGUUGUUGCAAGUAUUGCACAGAUUGCACAAUAUAAUGGCAUCCGCAGUUGCAGCCAGGUGGCAAUGCCCUGAAAAUGAAGAAAAAAAAAUCUGGUCCUAACAAGACAUGUUGCUCACACGAACAAGCAGUUCAGUACGCACAAUCAUACCGUACACAUCACAGAGAUAUCCAAAAAGAGGCAGUUUUAUUUUUGUUUUGUUUUGUUU